CGCCAUCCCCGUACGGCGACCCGGCUCGCCGUCACAUCCUAGAAACCUUCCCGUGUGCUUGUCUCCGCAGCCGUGUAGCGGCGCGGACAGCGGCCAUCCAGCGGCAUAUGUCUUCGGACGCACUGUCGGAAGAGGCGUCGGUGCAGUUCAAGGAGAAUGGUUGUCUACGGACAUUUGUCCUCAACCGACCAAAGAAGCUGAAUGUGGUCAACCGGGAGAUGCUGGAGAGGCUCCGACCGAAGAUCGAGGAAUGGGCCAGUCAAGAUCUUGUGGGUGUCAUAGCGGCAACAGGAAAUGGUCGGGCGUUUUGUGCAGGAGGGGAUGUUGCAAGCGUCGUUGAGGACUGUGCAAGCCCGGAGACUCUUCCACGUGCUAUUGAGUUCUUCCAGCGAGAAUUUGAAUUGGACUACAUUCUGGCCGCCAUGCCCAAGCCAUAUAUCGCUAUUAUGGACGGUAUCACUCUGGGCGGCGGUGUCGGGCUCUGUGCCAAUGCAUCAUUCCGGAUUGCCACCGAAAACUCUACGUUCGCCAUGCCGGAGACGAAGAUCGGCUAUUGUCCGGACGUUGGCGCAAGCUUCUUCCUCUCAAGGGCUGAUGGCCAGGUUGGAACAUAUCUCGGUCUGACAGGAGAGACCAUCUCAGGGCGAGCCAUCUUUGAACAUGGCUUCGCCACGCACUUUGUCCCUUCCUGGCGGAUACCGGCGCUGAUGGAGCGUGUUGCUUCUCUCUGGAACCCGACACACCAACAGAUUGACGCCCUCAUUGAGGACCAUCGGGACGACAACAUACCGAACGAGCUGACCAGCCCGCUUGUGGGCAGCAUCCGUGCCGCGCUUGACUCGGCAUUCAGGUACGACUCGGUUGAGAAGAUCAUGGAGCAUCUUGCAAAUCUUUCGGAGAAGAGCCCGCACGAGAACAUUCGUGACUGGGCGAAGAAGACACUGGACAUACUCUAUCUGCGGAGUCCGACCAGCUUGAAGGUUGCGUUGUAUUCUAUCCGUGAGGGGGAGGAGCUGAACAUCGCGACGGCAUUCUGCCGCGGCGAAGCCAGCAAGGAUUUCUACGAAGGAGUGGACAAGGUGGUCGUCAAGAAAUUGCGGGACGAGCGGCCGAAUUGGCAGCCGAACACGAUUGGCGAGGUGUCCGACGACUUUAUCCAGACGUCGUUCUUCCCAGGGCCCGUCACCACGGAGGGGUCUUGGCCACGUCUCAGCAUCCCUGAGUGGCUCAAAAAAAUGGAUAGCAAGGUCGCGGACCCUAUGAUCUACGGGCUGCCGACAGAGGGGGAGAUCAAGGAGAUAGUCGAGGGCUCGCACAAGAGCAGCGGAAGCACCGCACUCACCCUCGACGAAGUCAUCGAGAAGUUCGAAACCCGGAAGAAGGGGAAGGCGGGCGUACGGCAAAGGAAGUGCGCCACGGAGGAAGACAAGCAGUUGGGAAAGAAGUGGCUGAAGUGGAUACACUAACCGCUGUGUACUGAGGGCUACGGGCUCCCAUACGCCGCGCCUGUCGAUAUACUGCCCGCGUAUGACGUUGCUACGCGUUACCUGCUUUGCUGAUAUGCCAGACUUUGCCAGUGAUUGACAGACGUGCCGGAUGACAACAGGCAGCUGUGUGUUGGCUUUUGCGGCAGUAAUGUCGCUGUGGCGGCACACCUGCUAUCAUUACCAUGCCAGUUCCUGCUCCACCUACCGAGGGCGCGAGGUGUCAUGUUCCGCACAUACUUACCGUGACGGCAGUACAGUCGGACCCAUCACUUACGGCAAUGGCGAUUAUCAUACGCAACAGUAUGAUUGCGUAGUGGUUCAACUAAUUGUCUGUGGUCUACAGUUCUAUUGGUAUCAUCGACAAGUCUCCGGUGGAUGGCAUGUAUCGUCCGAUGGACGUGUUGCUCGCCUUAUCGUUGUUGGCCGUAGAUGCUGUUGGCCUU